AAACAUUAAAUGAGCGUUUAUUUGUCCAAUGAUGCCUUUACGUUUUAUAUUUCUUUCGUUCUUUAUAAGCUUUAUUUAUACACAAUCAUGUCGAGAAAGUGACUUACAAAUAAAAAGUACAAGUUGUGAUACCUCUGGAAGUAGAUGGCUUUUCAAAAUACCAAAGGAUGAUAGAAAAUGUGACCUUAACAGCUUGAGUUUACCAAGGAAAGUAGACAAUUGUGAGACAACUUGUCCAAGUGGAAUGCAUCUUAACCUAUUGUCACAGAACUGUGAGGUCUGUCCAUCCGGAACGUAUUCAACAGGUGAUAUGCUUGAAGUAACGAAAUGGGAUUCGAUGCCAGAAUUUCUGACCUCUGAUACAACGUAUGGAAGUUUAACUAAUGAAAAAUGCAACUUAACCGGUUGGUCACCUCAAGGUAAACACCUAGUUGGAAAAACAACAGGCAGUUGCACUGUGAUACUUUCAAUGAAAGUUCAUAAUCUUAAGCCUGGAACAAUAACGUUUACAUAUCAAGUUGAAGAAUAUGGAGCAUUGGCUUUCUUUAUUAUAAGAAAUGAACGAUGUACACAAUUACCCGGUGGGAGUUUUCUUUUAGGUCUUACCGGGUCGUAUGCAUAUGAGACUGUGACAUUCAGCGUUCCAGUCGGCCACAAUAUUCUUCAAUGGUAUUUACUUGUUGAAAAUGUUUAUAUACAACAAUUGUAUGGAUUAAAAGAUCCUGAAUUACAUAUUAAAGAAAUUCGUUUAACUGGAACUCCACCAGUGACUGUAUGUACGCCAUGUGCAGCUGGCAGUUUUGGACCACGGGAAAAAGCUGAUCGUUGUGAGUUAUGUCCAAGAAACACAUAUUCAGCUGAAGGAGCCGAAUCAUGUAAAUCAUGUCCAGCAGAUCAGUAUUCAGGUAAUGGAUCUUCAAGUUGUAGUCCACGUCCUCCAUGUAAGAAAGAUGAUUAUACAAGUUAUUGGACAUCGUGUGAUCAACAACAAAUGACACAACGUAAAUGGAAGUGGAUUGAACCAAAAAUAUGUGAUGAAAAUAGUGGUGUUUCUUUACCACAACCAGAGAGUCCAGUAGAUUGUCACAAGUGUCCAACUGGUACAUUUCCAUUAGAUGGUAAUACAUGUGAAUUAUGCUCAGUUGGUAUGAAGAAACAUUUAUCAAAUUUAGAAACCUGUGUUACAUGUCCAACUAAUGAAGUUCCAAUGUAUGGUUUACGUUUUGAUAAUUGGUAUCGUAUGCCGUCUAUACUGAAAUUGGACUGUUACAAUUUCUUUGGGACGAAAUGUAAUACAUGGGAACGUGAUCUAACAUUAUUACGUGGUGGAGUUGGCAUGCAUUCAGAUGAAUUGGCAACAUUGGAACUCCCAAUUAAGGAUGGUUUUAUUACAGCAUCAAUAAUUGAUUCAACUGACGAGUUUUAUUUUUAUUUUCAACCACCUAUCUCUAAUACAUUUGUACGUAUUGAAUUUCAAUUAGAUUGUGUUGGUAGAUGCCAGUUUUCUAUGAAACAAGUUUUUGUCGCUGGUAAUGAAAAAAUGAUUGCUAUCUGGGGUGGAUCAUCAAACCGAAGAAAUUUCACGUAUCAUAUAAAAGAUGCAAGUGAAGUUACAUUUAAGUGGAUUUUUGAAAAACCAAGUUCACCAAUUCAUAUACAAGAUCAUGUAAAUAUUUAUCAAAUUGAAGUAACCAAUGUAAAAAAUGAUAAUAUUAUCGGAUGUCAAACAUGUGUUCAAGGAAUUGUCAAUGGAAAGUGCAAAACUUGUCCAUCUGGUCUAUAUUAUUCAGUACAAUAUGAUGAAAUUAAUAAAACAAAUAUAAUCAAUUGUACAAAAUGUCCAAAUAAUUCCAUUGUAGUUGGUGAUGCAUCCAGUUUACAUACAGUUACAGAAGCAUGUCAUUUAUGUGAACCAGGUACAAUUGCAGUGAAUCAUAGUAUAUGUGUGACUGAUACACAACCAAUUACAGCGUCUGGUUUUCAAUAUAAUUUAACUGAUGUGAUUGACAGAGUUCAUCAUGUCUCCAGUCCAAAAAUGUUUACUCCAUCAGGAACGGGGUACUAUCAUGAAUUUCUUAUAAGUAUGGCAUAUGGUAAAACAGUCCAAUGUAUAGAGAAUUCUUCAAUUUAUGAUCAACAUACCGUGAAUGCUUCAAUUUGUCGACAUACGAGGUUUGAGGCGUCCAAUCAAAGGCGUACAGAAACAUACUCAAAACCAACAAGACUAGCUGAUCGCCUUAUUCGUAUGGUGCCCAGUAAUGUGACACUAGACUUUUGGCAAGAAGUAAACAAAAAUUUGACAAAAGCAGGCUGGAUGGAAGACAAAUUCGGUAACGAUUUACAUUAUAUAUUUGCUUCUGAUGAGUAAGUUUAAACAAAGUUAGAUUUUAUUUAAAUUUCUUAAAUAUUGAACUAUUUCAAUUCUUUCUCUCUUUAUAAAAAAAACCUGAAUGUUACAUAAGAAUAACACUGUGAUAUGUUUUAUUUAAUGAUCAAGAUCUAUGAUCCGUUGUUUUGUAAUUCUAGUCAGAGCAUUAUUAUCUUUUAGUAUACUGAAUAAGGAUGAGUUUAAUUUUACUAAUUAACAAGUAUUUAAUUCAAAGGCUUCAUUAACUACUGAAACGAAUCAAAAUGAAAUUGAUAUAUCAAUGUUGUGACUUGAAGGAAAUGUUGAUUACUACUUAUGGUAUAAUGUUUACUUUGAUUGCUUAAUAACUAGCAUUGACUAGUUAAUACAACGGUAAGAGACUGCUAUCCCAAUACAAGAAAGAAAAGAAGACUGUAGAAGUGGAUGGAAUUAUUCAUGAGCCUUUAAUUAAAUCAUAUCCAGAAGUACAAAUUAUACAUUAUUUUAAAUAUUUUAGUCAAUAAAUUAACUUGAAUGAAUGAAAUGAACCUAAUGUGAAUCAAUAAUCUAAUGUAUGUAUAGAAUUUGCAAAAUCAAUAAUUUAACUAACUUACCUAAGAGACAUAACUCAUCUAUAAAUUAUUAAUUUGUUUCUUUGUUACCAUCUACUAACAUUGUAAAUCUGAAUUAAGCAAUUAUUUAUCAAAUAAAAAUUUAGCUUUUAAAUUUCAGUUUUAUGUGAGUCAAUAAAAUUUUUAUUUAUUUGGCUAAAAGAAUAUGAAGAAUAAUAAGGAAUGGACAGAGUUUUUCUAUCUCAUCCACCUACUCACCAAUACGAUAAAAAAACACGUUUGUUUUUACUAUGAAAAUAAAGUUAUGUAAUCUUAUAAGCGGAGAUAGAUGGUGGAUAGUAGUGAAAUUCACGACGCACGUUUCAUUCUAUGUGGAACUUGUUAGAUGGAUGGAUACGGAUACAAAUAACAGACUUGUCAAUUGCAGUCUUAAACACCAAUGAGAAGAUUCAAACAAACAAUAUAAAAACGAAUUUAAACUUCACCUCAUUGCACAAGUUAGUGGCCAUCAGGACUUAGUAGCUAAGUGGAUGACGUGAUGGCGUUUGAAGCGAAUGUUACUGGGUUCGAGUUUCGGAGAGAACAUCAACUGUGGAAUGCAGGUCAGUCAAGCUGAAGCUUUCC